CCCCUAAACCUCGCGACCCGGCCCCCGCCCGCCCCGGCCCCUCCCCGGCUGUGCCCCUGUCGCCCCCGACAGCCGGAGCCCGGAGACGCCCCCGCUGCCGAGGUUCCUGCCUCAAGACCAGUCUGGGAGCCCUACUCUCCUGGCUGCCUGUGACCCCAGCCCCACAUCACCAUGCACUCCUUGGACGAGCCGCUCGACCUGAAGCUGAGCAUCACCAAGCUCAGGGCGGCGAGAGAGAAGCGGGAGAGGACAAUGGGUGUGGUCCGGCAACACACUUUGCACAGGGAGCUCGGCCUGGUGGACAGCAGCCCCACCCCAGGUUCCCCGGGCUCCCCACCCUCAGGCUUCCUGCUGAACCCCAAGUUGCCUGAGAAGCUGGAGGGACGCUUUUCAGCAGCCCCUCUGGUAGACCUCUGUUUGUCCCCGCCGUCUGGGCUGGACUCCCCCAGCGACAGCAACUCGCAGUCUCCUGAGUGCCAGGGCAACGGGGACCUGCCUAUGGUGCCCAGCGCCCCGGACUUCCAGCCACUUCGCUACCUGGACAGCGUGCCCAGCUCCUUCCAGUUCUUCCUGCCCCUGGGCUCCGGGACUGCCCUGCACCUGCCUGCAUCCUCCUUCCUCAACCCCCCCAAGGACAAAUGCCUCUCACCCGAGCUGCCCCUUCCCAAGCAGCUGGUGUGUCGCUGGGCCAAGUGUAACCAGCUCUUUGAGCUCCUGCAAGACCUGGUGGACCACGUCAAUGACUACCAUGUCAAGCCGGAGAAGGACGCCGGGUACUGCUGUCACUGGGAGGGGUGUGCCCGCCACGGCCGGGGCUUCAACGCCAGCAGGUACAAGAUGCUGAUCCACAUUCGCACGCACACCAAUGAGAAGCCGCAUCGCUGCCCCACCUGCAACAAGAGCUUCUCCCGCCUGGAGAACCUGAAGAUCCACAACCGGUCACACACAGGUGAGAAGCCCUACGUCUGCCCCUAUGAGGGCUGCAACAAGCGCUACUCCAACUCAAGCGACCGCUUCAAGCACACGCGCACCCACUAUGUGGACAAGCCCUACUACUGCAAGAUGCCUGGCUGCCACAAGCGCUACACGGACCCCAGCUCUCUGCGCAAGCACAUCAAGGCCCACGGCCACUUUGUGUCCCAUGAGCAGCAAGAGCUCCUGCCACUGCUCCCGCCCCCCAAACCCCCACUACCCGGCCCUGAUGGCAGCCCCUACAUCAGUGGGGCUCAAAUCAUCAUCCCCAACCCCUCUGCCCUCUUCGGAGGACCUGGCCUGCCUGGCCUGCCUCUGCCCCUGGCCCCUGGUCCCCUUGACCUCAGCGCACUGGCUUGCGGCAAUGGUGGGGGUAGUGGGGGCGCGGCGGGCAUGAGUCCUGGGCUGCCAGGCCCUGUUCUACCACUCAACCUGACCAAGAACCCGCUGCUGCCCUCGCUAUUUGGUGCAGGUGGACUGGGCCUGCCCAUGGUCUCCCUCCUCGCUGGCUCCGCUGGCGGCAAAGCUGCGGGGGAAAAGGGGCCGGCCAGGGCCCUGGGCUUGGAGGGCCAAAAGACACCACUUGAAAGGACUGAGGGUGGCCGCUCCCGGCCCAGCCCCAACGGACUGCCUCUGCUGCCAGGUGCUGUUCUGGACCUGUCCACCGGAGUCAGCUCUGCAGCCAGCAGCCCAGAGGCACUGGCUCCCGGCUGGGUGGUCAUCCCACCGGGCUCCGUGCUGCUCAAGCCGGCUGUGGUGAACUGAGCCACCUAGCUCCCAGCCCCGACGAACGGAAACUCUUCUGUGAAAUAGCAAUAAUGUCCUCCUGCCCACGGGGCCUGGCCGGCUGAGCUCCUGGACAGACCAGUCCCAGACUCGAUGGGCUGCAGGAUGGUGCUAGGUCACUGCCAGCUCCCAAGGGAGGCAUUGGACCUGCUGUCCAGAGAGCUGGGCUCUUAGGUGCUGAGGUGGUGCUCACCUCUGGCCCUCCUGCCCCACACAGCUUCCAUAGCAUCCCCCCACCCCCUGGUUCUCCACGUCACUCAGUCCCACUGCAUUCCCACACCGGUGCCAGCCCCAUCUGGUCCACCUAUCAGCCACAAGGAGGGCAUGGACAGAAGAGGCACCUGCCCCCACCCCAAGACGGUUGUGACAAGGAGCCCAGGGAAGCAGAGGCCCUGCCCGCUCCUGCCUAGCUUCAGACAACCCUGCUCUCUGGGCUCUGUGAACCCCUUUUCCUCCGACCCAUGCUCCAGAGGGAGGCAAAACAGACGCAGGCCCUGGCAAAGCCACAGAGACGCUACCAUGUUCCUGCUCACACCCCCCGCCCCGCCCCACCCCUGACAAGGUGCUUCCCCAGCCCUCGAGGAGGCCCGCUCUGCCUACUGCUCCAUGCCACUCCCCAUUCCGGACACAGCAGGCACUGCCAAGGGACAGAUGACAAUACUCCCCACUUAACCCCCUCAUCUCUGAGCCUCCCACUCUGCCGGUCAUGGAGCCCUGGGAGUGUGGGAAGUGGUCUGGGGCGUCUUGGGAGGGGAAGGUAGAGGUGCUGGCUGGGUGGAAGUGGGCCAGGGCAGAAGUCCAGACCUUGGGCCAGCCCCUGCUCAGGGAACAGGUGGGGCCAGGUUGUCUCCCUCAUUCCCAGCCUGGCAGGGCCCGGCUUCUUGGUUCCCAGAGACCCCUGGGGCCUGGCCUGUGGAGGCUUGUAGUGUGUCUGUCCCACACUGGCCACCAGGUCACCCUAUGGGUGGGAGGCUGGGGAAACCCCAGGCUGGGACACAGGUCCUUUCUGGAUGCCAAGUCACGACCAGCAUGCAGGGAGGGUGGGAGCCAUCUGGGGGCUGGAGACUGAGCCCCUGAUCUUGCAGGGGUGGCCACAGGGGCCCAGCCCUCCGCUGGGAAGGGGGGCUGGGGGAAGGAACCUGGACAUAGGGCAGUUGUUUCCUGUGCUUCACUGUCCUAGAGGCAGCCCCCUUGGUCCCAGCUCCCCAGGUCUAUGCUGACUCGAGGGUGCCCAGGUCUGAUUCAGCUGAGGGUAUGGGACAGUCCUGUACCUGAUAGCCCCUGCUGGACCCAGGCAGCUGGGCCCCAACCAUCUCUGAGGGACAUGGCUUGGGCUUCCUCCAACCCGGGAUUCUUACUGACCCCCUCCUGAGGUGGAGCAGUGGCCUGGCAGCUGUCAGCUCUGGCUUCUAGCUGGCUGUCCCUAGGCUAUGGGGUGCCAGAACCCCCUGCUGCUGCUCGGAGGCACUCUGCCAGCCCAGUCCCUUCCUGGACUGCCCUUCUGUCCCAGAGGGGUCACCCUGAUCGCCCCGCCGCUAAUGUGGGCCUAAGACCCCAGCCCCGCCACUGUUGGCUCUGCCCCUCCAAGGGGCUGGGAGACUCAGGAGGGAGCUGGUCUCCCUUCUCCAGGCCCCCUACUGUGCCCAGGGCCCCAGGCUGGGAGUGCUGGCUGGGGAGGGACAGGCACCAGAGGUCAGGUUAGGAAGCAUGUGAUUGGUGAUAGACCAGGCUGUACGCCAGGUGUACUUCUUGUCAGUCCACUGUUGCACAUUCCAGGAUAUCAGUAUUUUAACAGAUUCUAAGUGCCUUUCUAUCGUAGCUUAUGUUUUUCCUCCUCUCGGCUCAGUUGCUGUUAGCAUAGAGUUUUUAAAAAAAGAUAAGCUAAUGACCAUAACAAUAUAUUCCUCCAUGUGAGAGGAAGUUUAUAAAGAAUAAAAGUGAGUUGCAGAGGUAGUGUCUGUGCCUUG